AUGGUGCCGUCAAAAUUCAGUCCAUACCGGCCAUUUACACAAAACUUCCUCGUGGGAUGGAGGCUACCAGGCACAUACACCGCCCUCACGGGCCUCGGCGCCGGCGGCGGACAGCCGUCCUCGGCAGACGUAGCCAACAAGACGGAUGCUCUUCUCUACGGCCUGUUCGCCCUCGUCGGUCCCUUCGGCGGCACCAUCCUCAACAUGCUGCGCCCGAAGCUGAGUCUGAUGGUCGGAUCCGUCGGGUGUCCCUGCUCUGUCGGGGGGCUGUGGUACUACGAUCGAACCGACAAUGCUUGUUCUGCGCUGCUUGCGGGUGCGAUAUUAGGAAUGACGGGCGGGUUCCUAUGGACGGCCGCUGCAAGCGUAGGCGCCAUCAUAGGGAGCUCCAUCUCGCUCAGUCUGUCCAUCAACCAGACAAAACCAGUGGGCGUGUCGAGACCAGCGUACAUGACAUGCAUCGUCAUCCGCACGGGCGCCGUCUUCGUCGCGCUCUUUCUCAUCGUCAACCCGAGGCGCGUGGUGCGACAAGACGGGACGCAUAUUGCCGUCUUGAAGGAGGUCAGGGCAGCCCGGUACUUCAACCUGCGCACCCGCUCCGUCAACAACUUCGCCUACCAGGCAACUCAGGCCUUCUUCCCCGCCGCCCUGGUCCUCGUCCUCGACAGCAAGUAUAUACGGUCCCGCAAGACGCGGGGCCUCAUCGCCAUCGCUGUCAUGGGCACUGUUGCCGUGGGAGCAAGCGCCGGCCUCAUCGGCUGGCUGCAGUUCAAUAAGGUCGACUCGCUGAGGACGGCAGCCGGUGCCGACUGGACAGAUCCCGAGUGGCCGGGUUUGUUUGUGUGCUACAUUCGCUCUGGCGCCGUGUACGCGGGAUACCAAAUGUGCACCGAGUACACGCUGUGGGCUACGACCAACGACCUAGAUGUGCUGGCCCGCGCGGCAGGCAUGUUCAAGUUUUAUUCGGCGUUUGGGAUGUUGGUUUCGUUUGUCAUGGCUGGUGAGGGCGUGAGCUUUUCUGGGACAGAUUACGCUGCAGCUGGUAAGGAGCCCCCCUUGGCGGAGUUAUUACCAUGGUGCCUCGUGUGCAGAUCCCAACCCGUAGGAAUUCAAAGGGUCUUCUUUGCCGAAUUCCCAAUCCGACGUGAUGGCUCAGUAGCACAUUCAUCCGGCAUUCAUUACAUAUUUACUACUUGA